GCCGGGCCUGCGAGGAAGACGCCGGGCCUGAAGGCUGGCGAGCUGCGGACUGGAGCAUGGAGGGCGAGGCGGCCCGGCGAGGCGGCGGCGCUAAACUGCGAGGCGGGUAAAGAGGCGCUUUCAAGAUCCUUCCCUGAGACCACACCUAUUACAAGACUAGACCAAUGUCUUCUUGGAACAUCACGUAUACUUUUGGAGGAAACGAAAGGACAGGCUACUCUGAAAUAAAUCCCAAGAAUAGAUUAUCAUUAACGAAAUAGAACCUGAACUAUGCCCUGCCCCUCCUGCUACCACAGCCUACUGUGAUGUGGCGUGAAGUUGGUGACUGCAGCUGUACACAAUGCCCCCUGUCAUCCCUCGCUGCACCAGCGCGCCACCCACUCACGGAAAAGAGAGCCACCUAGUGAAAGAUUGUUCUCAUCUCCGGUGCACUGUCCAGGUUUCUGUGGAUUCUAUGGUAAAGAAGAAAUGGUCACUGUCUUGGAGAAACCCACCUUCUGGUAGAGAUAGCAGAGAGUGGAGAAGUGACAUGAAUGCAGUAUGGUGGGUGCAGUAAUUAAGACAUAUCGAGACACAAAAAAAGAGGCGACCCCUGGACCAGCGGGAGGGACCCAUCCGCAGGAUGACCGAGACCACCAAGACCCACGUAAUCUUGCUUGCCUGCGGCAGCUUCAAUCCCAUCACCAAAGGGCACAUUCAGAUGUUCGAAAGAGCCAGGGAUUAUCUGCACAAAACUGGAAGGUUUAUUGUGAUUGGUGGGAUUGUGUCUCCUGUCCACGACUCCUAUGGAAAACAGGGCCUUGUGUCGAGCCGGCACCGCCUCAUCAUGUGUCAGCUGGCCGUCCAGAACUCCGAUUGGAUCAGGGUGGACCCAUGGGAGUGCUAUCAGGACACCUGGCAGACCACGUGCAGCGUGCUGGAGCACCAUCGGGACCUCAUGAAGCGGGUGACUGGCUGUAUCCUCUCCAAUGUCAACACACCCUCCAUGACGCCUGUGAUCGGACAGCCCCAAAAUGAGACCCCCCAGCCCAUUUACCAGAACAGCAAUGUGUCCAGCAAGCCCACUGCAGCCAAGAUCUUGGGGAAGGUGGGAGAAAGUCUAAGCCGGAUCUGCUGUGUCCGCCCGCCCGUGGAGCGCUUCACCUUUGUGGAUGAGAAUGCCAAUCUGGGCACGGUGAUGCGGUACGAGGAGAUCGAGCUACGGAUCUUGCUUCUGUGUGGCAGUGACCUGCUGGAAUCCUUCUGCAUCCCCGGGCUCUGGAAUGAGGCAGAUAUGGAGGUGAUCGUCGGGGACUUUGGGAUUGUGGUGGUGCCCCGGGACGCAGCUGACACAGACCGAAUCAUGAAUCACUCCUCCAUACUCCGCAAAUACAAAAACAACAUUAUGGUGGUGAAGGAUGACAUCAACCAUCCCAUGUCUGUCGUCAGCUCAACCAAGAGCAGGCUGGCCCUGCAGCACGGGGACGGCCACGUGGUGGAUUACCUGUCCCAGCCGGUCAUCGACUACAUUCUCAAGAGCCAACUGUACAUCAACGCCUCGGGCUAGCAGCCGCACGGCCUCCGCUCCACUCUCCCCUCGUCCUCCGCCAACACGCUGGCCCCUCCAGUCUCUGUCAGUCCCCCCGUUUCUCUCCUGCCUCUCUGUUUCUCCAUCUCCUCGUCUUGACUGUUCUCCCCACUUGCUGACUCAACCCUCCACAGUGUGGGGGACCUGCAGAGAACCACAGCACACCCUCUUCGGCAGUCAUCUUUGGACAGACUCUCCUCUAAUCUCCGGGCCAGGGUGGGUGAGGGAAUAGGGGUGGGAGUUGGGGGAGGUGCAGGCCCUGGAGACGUGCUGGUGUCUGUCUCCCAGCAUGCUCUAGAGAGCGGCUCCGGUGCCUGUCCUCCCAGCAUGCUCUGGGGAGGCGGCUCUGGCUCUCGCCUUCCCAGCAUGCCCUUUACCACGAAGGGCUAUUUUUUCUUUCUUUUCUUUCUUCUCUUGUUUUUUGGUUUUUGUUUGGUUUUGUUGUUGUUGUUAUUCACUCCUCACAGAAUUUGGAUGAAAUCCGUGUCCGUGGUUCUUUACGUUUGUCGUCUUGCUGCAUUCCUGUGAUGUUAACCUCCCUUCUGGUAGAACACCGUAGCCAGCCUCGGCGCUCAGUCCGUGGCGUGAGAGCCACACCCAGUGAAGGAGGCCAAGCCGCCUCCACCCUCCCGACACCCCCCAUCUCCCCACUCACACCCCACACACUCCCACACACAGCAGCUGCCGACCAGGCUCAGGACUGAGGCUUUCGGGUUCCAAAACCUGGGGGGCAGGUCUGGGAAUAGUAGGGUUUCACAGAAGAAUUUGUGUCUAUUUCCUUAGUUUCAGAAGACCAUUUUCCUGAUGCUCUGGGCCUGUGAUCACACAGAGCCAGUCCCUCCUCAUAUUCUGGUGGCAUCUGCACGGUUCCUCCUUUGGUCUGUGACUGAUGGCAGAGUGGGUUCCCUGCCAGCCCAGCGUUUCCAAGGAACCUUCAGGUUCUCACCUAAGCCCUUGGAUGUCCUACCUAGCCACAUUCCUGCAUCUGAGAAGAAUCACCUAUUCAAGGCCAAAUCCUAAUAAUGCAGCCAUUCCUGAAAUAAAACAUGCUAGGAGUUCACUCAACCCUAGAGGUCUUUGCUAACUGGAAUUAUUUCUUGCCUGUUCGGCUGGGAAAUUUUUCUGUCAUGAUGUAAGUCCAGGAUGACCAAGGGGAGUGUGGCUUGUCGCCCUGAAGGGAAUCGAUGGUCCUCACCCACUCUCGCUGCAGUGACACAGGUGGUGCCUGAGGUCAGUUCCUUUCAAGGCGCAGUACCUCGCCCUUGUUUCUGGAGCUGGUCAUAUCUCCUGCGGAGCCCAGAAACCACAGUCAUCGCCUGAGGAAAUCUGUCUGGCAGGGGAGCGGGUUCACAGAACUGAGAUCACGGCGGGGAGGACAUUAAGAGCCACUAAAUUGUUUCUUCCUUUUUCUAAUUUCUAACCUUCCUCCACUGCUCCUGGAAACAGUUCUGACAGACCGUUUUUCUAGUUGUUCAGGUCUCACUCGUGCCCUGUUUUGAGAGCCGAAAGGAAAUUAUUCUCUUAUGCUCUGUGUCUCUCAUCUAGUCCCUGGCUCUUGGUCUUCUGGCUGUCUUCAUGGAAUGCGUCCCCGAGCAACAGGAUACUUUUAUCAAAAUCUAGUACCAGUUAUGUCCCAGGAGUGGAGGUGAGAUCUGACACUGGGAGCACACAUGUCACAUCCGUGACAGUCUUCCAUAGCCUCCCGGAUAAGGAACUGGAUUCAACAGAGGGGCAUGUUUGAGUAGCAUCCAGGAGGAUGUUAUUCCUUUUGGAUUAUGGAGCCAAUGAAGAUCCUGUUCUUUGGUCUCAGUGUUUGGUUAAGGAUUGUGGAAUCAUAAAUGGAAAAAAAAAAAACAACUUCAGAGAUUAGUUGAGUCAACAUUCUCCUUUAAAAGAUGAGGGAGCAGAGAUCCACUGGAUUAAGUGUCUAUCUACAGCAAGUGUAGAGCCUGGCAAAAGGAUAUUGUUUCCCUGACCCUUAGGGCAUCAUACCACAUGAUCUCUGUCCCCCUAGCUCCCCAUGAUACUGACCAGGUAACAUACGGUUUCUACUCUUUUCAGACUUUUCCUGGCAUCUUUCUCUUAAAUUAUGUCUCACCCAGGUGCUCCUAUAUAUGGCAUUGUAUAUGCCAGUCUUGAGGGAGGGGGGAUGUGAUGGGGAGGAAGGCCAUAGCUAGGUUUCCCUCAGAAAUCAAGAGAUUAGAGAAAAUUCCAAAUAGUGACACUCUGAAUCCAAGAAAGGAUGCUCUGUGGAAGGCUAGGAAAGACCUUGAAUGCUCGAGAUGACACUGGAGAAAGAGAGAGAAGAGCCUUUGGGCAAAACAGUCCUAAGCCAGGAAAAGAAAACAGAGAACCAGAUUCCCUAGGAGAACGUGGCAUUUUCAAGGAUGCAAAGUUUAUCUAUGGUUAGAGUUUAUUACAAAGAUCUACAUGAGCAAAUCUGAGAGAAACCAGACAUCUUUUGUCUCUUUGGUGCACCCCAUUACUCUGUUGAGCUCUGUGGUCAGGUCGAAUUUAGUGCACAGCCCGUGAGAGAGAACCGGUGGGACUGGCUGUGUAUGGUUGGUCUGGGAGUGGGAAGGUGCACAGGAUGGAAAAGAACAGGGGCCUUAGAAGAUGUCUGGAAUGAAAUGGGGCAGAUCUUAUCUUGGGGGAUCCCAGGGAUUGUAUUAAAAUAGUUUUCCUUAAAUACAAGAAAAAGUGAAUUUCCUUUUGGGUAGAAUUGUCCAUUCCCCAACCUUCAUUUGCUAGGGGGUGGUCAGAGCCUCCUCUCUCAGUCCAGGGAGGACACUAUGGCUGUGAGCCUGCAAAGGCCAGCACCAGAGAGAUUCUGAGUUUGAAGUAAUGCCACAGGUGCCAUGAGGAUGACCUCUAGGCCCUGACUUCACCGCUGGGGUCCCCCUUCUUCCUCCAAAGGCCAUCUCAAGGCUGGCAUGGCUCAGAGUUUGGGAGAAAGGCAUGGGCAGCAAUGGUCAUAUUAAGAGGGGUCAGGAGCCUCAUUUCCUGCCUACCAAUGAAAAAACAUCUCUCCUGCUCUUCUGAAAGUGGCUGAUAUGAGUAAGAACAGGCAGGAGGGAAACUCCUUGUGCCAGUGACUCUCUCCUCAAGGAGCGGCCCUCUGGGGAGCUCUGUGCUGCUACCUGGUACCUCAUUCGUUGCCCCCUACCCCAGGCAGUCUCUGGGGCCUUCUUGCUUUCAUUUUCCUUGAAUGUACAUAGGAACAGGGGAGGAAAGUUUCUUACUGAAGUGCCUGAAACCCAGAGCUAGAGCUUCUAGAGACGCUCUUCUUCCCAUCUCUGCGUGGCGAACCUUCCCCAGCGUUCUCUGGUCUCAUGCUUCAGCUUCUCAGAAAGAUAGAAGAACUUGCUGUUCUAAUUAAGUAGAAAGUGAGACUCGGUAAUCAAACUGCAGCAAAAGGCAGAGAAUUAUAAGGAGAUAUGACUGUAUUUUAACAACCCAAAUCUACUCUCCCCAACUGAUAUAAACACACACUUUAGGGGACCAAGAGAGAGAACAUGUUAUUAUAUUCCAUUCAUUGAAAGAGGAAUGCAAAAAUAAAUCCGUAGACUAUGAAAAGCUCAGGAUCUCUCCCAAGGCUACCGCAGGAAGGCCGACAGGUGAGACGGGGAGGAUGGAAAUGGACUGAUUUUGUCGCUCUUCCAAUUAGGGUACCCGAGGAACAGCAUUGUGGGGAAGGAGUGCACGCUCUCGGUCACAUUCACCCAGUUUACACCCUCUUAGAGCUGCCCGCUGAAUUCAAUUGUUCACAUGGUUUCUUGGUUGGCUCAGUUUGGGGUGUCCUAUUAGCCUGUUCCAGUUACUUAGGAAUGAGCUACACUCUUUCCCUUCAGUCUAGCCCAGGUCCAGAACUCAGUUUGAUCCAAACGGUCUCAAGAAUUGGCAUGGGGAGGGGGAAGCUUUUUUUGGAAUCACUUUUGGUCACCGAAUCUGCCAUUUUAAGAGUAAUAGUUGCUUUUUGAAAAUCAAUUCAUUAAUUAAAAAACUACAUUGAAGUUGCUACACCAUUUCAUAGUGAAAUAUUUUGAGUAAACUUUGUUGCUAGAAUAGUCAUGGACAAAAGUUUUAUCAGCAAAAUGUUUGAAUUACAUUAAUAAAUAAGACAGUGCUACUAGUCUUGUGUCUUUGUCCAGAAUCUUCUCUGCGAGUUGCAGAAUUGAUCACUUUUUUUGUCAUCGUCUUACUUCACGGGAGCCAACCAUUGCAAAGAUGUUCUCAGAGCAGGAGAUUUUCUGCUGGUCUAGCUGAUGCCACAUGCGUGAUGUGAAAGUACAUACAGCCGCACCCUAGGAUCAUAGGCAGGGAAGAAUAAUUAGCAAAUUUGUGAACUGUGCCUAAGAGUUUUCAGUCAAAAAAAAAUUCAGUCUUAGAACCUACCUAAUCUUCAUGGUCUCCAAUUGUUUAGCUUUGGCUCCCUAAUGGAAUGAGUUCUUUAUGAAACAAAAAUGUAUUUGUAAAAACUAAACUUGUAUAACUCACUUUUGGUAUAAAAGAUCUUAAGUAAGACAAAUCAUUAAACUCACCGUUUUGGCAGUGUAAACAAGCUGAAAAAAUGAAUAAUUUGUUAAUUGCUCAGUUCUGCUCUGUUAGUUCUUAUUUCGUUUGUAGUUGUGACAUGCAUUGCGCGUUGGUAUAGAUCCAAAUAGUGAUUGUCAUUAGCGAGUAUCAGUCGUGCUUCAGAAGGUAAAAUAGCAAUUCCCCUUCAGGCCCCUCAUUUAGGGCUUAGCCACUUGUUUGUCAGAUUAGUUGUGCUCUUAAAAAAAAAUCAUUUUGGUUCUUCCUA